UAAGUUUGGUUUGGUGUGUGUUAUGUAUUAUUGGUUGUCAAGAGCAGCUCAACACAGAGCCUGGCUGAACUGCACAGACAUUUACCUACCUGGCUAAUCCGGUUUUAUUUAAUAAGAGUUUUUUUUUUCAGCAAUGGAUUCAUUAAUUUGUUCUAGAUGUAAUAUGACGUUCAGAUCAUCAAAUUUUCUGGCAAAGCAUCGGGAGAAGUUCUGUAUUGGAAGUGUUGGUCAGAAUGAAGAGUCUGAUUUCCAUCAAAACCUGAAUGAGAGGAUAAGAGAAUUGAGGAGGAUACGGCAGCAGGACAGGCCUAAUGCAAGAGCCCAACUCAGCCAGCAGAACAUUCACACACCAGCUCAGAACCACAUGCAAAAACCCAGCAGUGAACCAACAGCAGGCAGGUCAGAAGAUCAGCUCCUUCAGAUCCAGCCAAAGAUGGACAAGCAGAAGAUGGUGAGAUCUGCUGACAGCAAACAUCUAAACCAGCACAGAGAAGAGAUGGACCUGCAGGAACUGCCUGCUCAGAACAGGAAAGUGGCUCUGCUGGAGGAAAUGCUGUUCGAGCUACAGGAGCAGGAGAAGAGGAACACCAGUCUACUGGAGUCCCUCAUGAAUCAUCUGCAGCAUGUUCCACGGGAGCCUAGGUCUUUUACCUCUAAAGAGAGUCCACACCUGCACAUACCUGAGACUAGCAAGCGAGUAGCACAAACCUACCUGCCUGUGUACGACGGUGGAGCUCUUUCUGCAGAAAUCAGCACUCUGCGUCUGUCCUACCUGCAGAGUGGAGGGAAGGAUUCUCAGAUACUGGCUCAGCUGCAGGACCUGUUAGAUGAAGCCCUCAAAGUGGAAAAGCAGCCUGGGAAAUCUGCUCAGCCCAGGCCCUGUCAGACUGAGAGAACAAAGCAGAGGCCAAAGCCACGAGACCGUAGAAGGGAUUUCAGCAGAGAGCUCAUAUCCACCGAGUGUGAAAACCAGAGGCUGGAGGAGGAAAUCAUGAGGCUGCAGUUAAGAAGGAGAAGACCUGCAGUCUCCAGGACCACACCUCCAGCUCACUGUCGACCACGUGAGCAGGAGAUGAGGAGUAUGAAGAUGGAUAUCGACCUGUUAAAGCAUGAAAUUGAGAUUAAUCACUUGAAGAGGCAGAUUAGGAGCAGAAAGGAGGAGCCUGCGCUUGUGACUUUCCCUCCUCUGGAGGAACCCGGAUCCCAGACACCACCCUUCAUCAGAUACCCCGUGGACGAGGGCUUGGGGCCUGCUCCAUAUGAUCCAAUGGCAGGUUUCGUGGUGUUUUAUGAUUUUCUCCUGGGCCUGUGUCCAUCAUACAGAGUGUGUCGUCUGAUGGUGGGGUUAUACACUGGGGAUCAGUGUCUGGGAAGCCCCUUUGUGUUGCCCCCAGUCUAUUGUGAGCUCUCCAGCUUCUCCUCAUUCCCACCUUGGUACAGUCAAGGACAAAAGGCUGCCAUUGCCACCAAGCAGGCAGUACCAGAGGUUCAGCCUGCUCCAUCAAUGUGUCUAGUGAUCCAGGUACAGGCCUCAGGAGGAUAUGACAUCUACGGACAGGAAGUGACCAGUCUAGCCCCACGAGGAUGGGUCAAGCUGAACAUCUUUGACCAUCAUCAUCGCAUCAUUAGUGGAAGAUGGAAAAUACCUGUCCGCAUCCUCCCAGCCAAACCUUCAAUGACAACUGCAGAAGUCAACUCUGUUCCACAGCUGGACAAUGCAGAGCUGUUCCUGAGAAUCGUCAACGCAAGAGAUGCUGAGAUUCAGAGCACAGUUCCGAUUAGCACUCACAACGCUGGAAUCUACAGAUACCCUCCUGUAACAUCUCCAAGACAACGCUUUUCCAGGCAGGUUUCCCAUGAAGCUGCCAGAAGAACCUCAGCUGUUCCAAGUGCUCAGGUUUAUAUACCAGCCUUCACACAGAGCCUGGAACCACCUGGACCCACCUGAACACAGAGACUUUCCGUCUCAAAGUACAGCUGCCUUCUGUACAUCAUGUGUAAUAAAAAAAAAAACAAGUACAAAACUUCUUGUUCUACUUUAUACUUUUUGUAAAUAAA